GUCCCAGCUGCAGUUUAUCACAGUUGUCCACAUCAUUCCCCAGGCUGUGAAUGACAGUCAGGCAGAAGGUGAAGAUGAUCAGCGGCCGUGUUGUUGAGCGAAAGCGCAACAAACUCCUCCAGUGUAACGCCAUGUUGAACUGUCACGUGACUGACGGAGCUCUUAAAGAAACAGUGCACUAGAUUCGCCGCACACAUAGCGUGUGAGGCUCGCUCAGGUGUAAACACACACGUACAGACAAAACAGGACUCCGUCUCAGCCCUAAACAAUACUUGGAAUGCAGGAUUGUGUUUUGUGAGGGAUUCCAAAUUGACAGAGAGUUGAUUUAACCCCAAGACCAAGUGUAUGGACGAAUAUUGUAGAUCAAUCUGCACUGAAUUUUCAAGAGAACGACAAUGUAUGAGAACGUACCGACAGUGUCUGCUUCCGAGCGGCAGCAGGUGCUCCAGGCCUUGGAAAGACUUCAGUCCAAGCUCGUGCAGAGAGAAGAGUGGACCCACAGCGACAGACUCGGCACACUGAAGGAAGCCCUGCAGAGCCCUCUGUUCGGCCACAUCCUCACCCUGCAGCACUCCGUCAAACAGCUUAAAGACCAGUUAAACAGCUUGCCUCAAGACACAUGCACAGAGUUCAGUUUCUCCAGGAAGGGCCAGCUGAUCGUUAGUGCGAGUCGUCCGUCCAGCAGCCUGGGAUCCGUGGUGUCCAACGGUACAGCUUCAACUAACACAUCUUCUGAGCAGCUUCAGAGAUGGAUAAAUGCGGCCGCAAUGGGAAGGAAGAUGGAGCUCAUCAGCCUGCAGAAGCCGUUAUCUGGAGGUCUGGGUUUCAGUGUGGUCGGCCUGAGACCAGAGGGGGUGGGCAGUCAUGGUGUGUUCGUCAGACAGGUGCAACAAGGGAGCGUCGCAGACAGGGAUGGAAGAUUGCAGGAGAAUGAUCAGAUUCUGGCGAUUAAUGGGAUUCCUCUGGAUCAGAGCGUGACGCAGCAGCAGGCCAUUGCUCUUCUCCAGCAACAGAAAGACCAAGUGGAGCUGGUGGUGGCCAGAGACACUGUGGCCAAACCCCGACUCUCUACAUCUGCACCCAUUCAGACGAUUCACCUCAUGUUCAAUGAUGUCAACUUCCUCCUCUUUUCUUUCAUUCACCUCCAGGACGGGAGGCUGAGAACAGGUGACCACAUCCUGUGGAUCGGUGACACAUCCACUCAAGGUCUGGCCAGUGACCAGGUGGUGCAGGUGCUGCAGGCCUGCGGGACCCAUGUGAGGAUGCUGAUCGCACGAGACCCUCUGGUGGUGACCCAGCCUCCUCCUCCACCUCCACCUGCCCCCGCCACGGCUCCUGUCACUUCUCUGCCACCUCCACCUCCUGUGCCAUCUCGCAGGGGCAGCAAAACGCCAAAUUUGGAGGGCUACGAAAUCCACGAAGUUGCGUUAAAAAAGAAGGAAGGCCAGAGCCUCGGGAUCUCCAUAAUCGGACACAACGCUUUGACCGCUAAGGAUGCGGUGGGGGUCUUCGUGAAGAACGUGGUUCCAGGCAGCGCCGCUGAGCAGAGCGGGAAAAUCCAUGUCCACGACAGGAUAAUAGCAUUGGAUGGCGUGAACCUCCAGGGAUUCACCAACCAGGAAGUCCUGGAUGUAAUGAAGCGGACAGGUGAUAUCGUACACCUUACCCUCAUUAGGAAGAUCGACUCGCCCAAGAGGACAGUCGUAGAAAAAUCACUAGAUAAAGUCCAGAGAGAGUCGUCGCGUGUGUCUCUGAAGAGAUCAUCUGAGAUCAAGGCGCGGGCGGAUGUUCAGAGGGGCUCUGUGGUGGAGUCUAUGGACCCUGCUCUGAGUGGGAUCAAACAACAGCUGCAGGGAAAAAUGCAAGAGCCGGCCCCGCUGACGGAGAUGGAGCUUCGCGCUAAAUGGGAACAGGCUCUUGGUCCACAUUACGAUGUUAUGGUUGUACAGCUUGACCCUGUCAUAGAUGAUGAUAUUGAGCUGCAGAAGUACUCCAAGCUUCUCCCAAUACACAUAAUGCGCUUGGGCGUGGAACUAGACUCUUUUGAUGGACACCACUACAUUUCCACAGUGGCUCCUGAGGGUCCGGUGGCAAAACAUGGGCUGCUUCGACCAGAGGAUGAACUUCUGGAGGUGAAUGGCGUGCAGUUGUAUGGGAAGUCCAGACGAGAGGCUGUUGCGUUCCUCAGAGAGGUUCCUCCUCCCUUUACUUUGGUUUGCUGCAGACGCCUAGCUGAAGAAGGCAGCGAAUACCACCCUGAAUCUGAAGAGUGGGACUCAUCCAGCCCCUCAGCCAGCCUACAGGAGCAGAUUGAGAAUAACCUCUCCAUGUUUGCCAAAGAUACAAGUCUACAUGAGAGCAUGAAGGAAGAGUUUCAGGCAUCAGCAGUGGAGCAAGAGGUUAACGAUAAAGAAGAGCCCCUAGAGCCAAGCAGCCCUGAGAGUGAGCAGAUGGAUGAGGAGAAGGAUGAUGAAGAAGAAGAUGAAGGGGAACUAGCUCUGUGGUCUCCAAAUGUGCAGGUGCUAGAACUAGAGAAAGGAGAGCGAGGUCUUGGCUUCAGCAUACUAGACUACCAGGCAACUACAGUGAGAACAACCAAAAGACGAAUUAAAAGAGAAAAGAAAGCAAAAGGCAGACGUUCUGGAGUUCCUGCAGGCCUCAGUUCCUCUCGCACUGAAAUUGCUUUUCUCUUCUCGUCUGCUUACCGUGCAGCAGUGGCUCACUGGGACUUUGGAAACGGCUCUGUCUUAUCUGACGAUCUGGAUGAGGAGCCAGAGCUUAUCCUGGACGCUGAGCCUCGCUACGCCUCUCCCCUCACCACCAUUGACCUUCUGCCCGUCCUGGAGCGAGAGAUGGCUGUAGAUGAGGAUGAUGAAGAGCAGGAGAUGGACACCAUGAAGGAUCAAGGGAGCUCCAAGGUCAAGGGCGACAGUCUGCCUUCAUACUUGAGUGAGAAGACUAUGGACAAUGAGCUUUGCACAAGCUUUGAGAAGUUUCAGCUGCAGCUCCCGCAAAUUCCCCUUAGUCAGUCGGCCACAUGGAUAGAGGCAGCAGACAGCGAGGCAGACUCUGACUCCAGAAACGAAGGCUCAGAGCUUACCUUGACCGACACCGACACUGAAUCUGCACAGCACACUUCCUCUCACAGCAGGAAGAGAAGAAACCAGGGGGCUGCCGGUUCAAUCAGAGAAGGCCACAGUGAUCUGCCUGAAAGAGAGGAGGGAGAAGGUGAGGAGACACCUGCGUUCAGUCACUGGGGUCCCCCACGCAGGGGGGGGGGGGGGCCAGAGCCGCAGGAGUCUCUGGGUAUCAGCAUAGUGGGCGGACGCACCGUUAUAAAGAGGCUGAAGAACGGAGAGGAGCUGAAGGGCAUUUUCAUCAAACAGGUGCUGCCAGACAGCCCAUCUGGACGCACGGGUGCCCUUAAAACAGGAGACAAGAUCUUACAGGUUUGUGGAGUUGAUUUGCAGAAUGCCAGCCAUGAGGAGGCAGUACAGGCUAUCAAAGCGGCGCCCAGUCCCGUGGUCUUCAUCGUGCAGAGCUUGUCCUCCACUCCACUGCAGAAAGCAGGACAGACCAGCGGCCCUCCACCCAUGCGCCUCCCCCCACCCUACAGACCCCCCAGCCAAGUGCAGGAGGAGGAGCAGCAGGAGGAAGAGAGCGAGGAUGAGGAGCAAGCUAAAGAGGUGAUCAGGCAGAGGUACGCGGACCUGCCUGGAGAGCUGCUGAUCGUGGAACUGGAGAAAGAUCGGAAUGGCUUGGGCCUCAGUCUGGCCGGGAACAGGGAUCGCUCCUGCAUGAGCAUCUUCGUGGUGGGGAUCACCGCCGGAGGGCCGGCCAGCCGAGAUGGCCACAUCAAAGUGGGCGAUGAGCUGUUGGAGAUAAACAACCAGGUGUUGUACGGCAGGAGCCACCAGAAUGCAUCGGCCAUAAUAAAAAGCGCCUCUUCAAAGGUCAAACUCGUCCUGGUCAGGAAUGAAGAUGCUAUCAAUCAAAUGGCUGUCGCUCCUUUUCCUUCCCAGCCUUCCUCGUUCUACUCCAGUGAGAUGCAUCAGAAUACGCCAGCAGUUCCAGCUCCAGCAGAGAAGCCACAGCUACCCGAGAGCCUCCCUCUGAGCAGAAGCUCACCUGAGCCGCCACUAAUCAAGGAUCAACCCAGCUUGGCGCCGACCGUGAGCUCCACGCAGACAGAUCAAGUGCAGAAGACUUUCAGAGAUGGAGAGUCAGCCUUAAAGAAGCUGAAAUCUUCAGAGAAAAUAUUGGAGUCUCCAAGCGAACAGCCACCCAAGCCUCUUGUGGAGCAGAUCACCAGUCUUCCAAAAAUCCAGAGGAAUUCCACCAAGCCCUCAGCAGGUUCUCUGGAGGUCACGUCCUCAGGAUCAACCGUGCCAGUGUCCGGCACCAGCCCUGACUUCGAGUACUGCAGCAAAGACCCUGCUACGUGUCCCAUAGUUCCAGGACAAGAGACAGUUAUUGAGAUUUCUAAAGGCCGGUCUGGACUGGGUCUCAGUAUAGUUGGCGGCAAAAAUACUCAGCUGGAUGCCAUAGUGAUUCAUGAAGUAUACGAGGAGGGGGCGGCGGCGCGGGACGGUCGGCUCUGGGCCGGAGAUCAGAUUCUCGAGGUGAAUGGAGUGGAUCUGCACAGCGUGGCUCACGAAGACGCAAUAGCUGCUCUACGGCAAACACCAGCCGAAGUGCGGUUGACGGUCCUGAGAGAUGAGGCGCAAUACAGGGACGAGGAGAACCUCGACAUGUUCCGCAUUGAACUUCAGAAGAGAACCGGACGCGGGCUGGGCCUGAGCAUCGUUGGAAAGAGAAAUGGUAAGGGUGUGUUCAUCUCAGAUGUGGUGAAGGGCGGCGCGGCUGAUCUGGACGGCAGGCUGAUGCAGGGGGAUCAGAUCCUGUCUGUGGAUGAAGAGGACAUGAGACAGGCCUCACAGGAGACUGUUGCCGCCAUUCUCAAGUGCGCCAGGGGCAAGGUGCUGUUGGAGCUGGGCCGACUGAAGGCUGCCUCCUGGAUCUCUUCCAGACGCACCUCCCAGGGAAGUCAGAUGAGCCACGUGAGCGCCAACAGCAGCACCCCAACCCCCAUGCCCCCUGCUGUGUUCCCGCCCCCCUCUCAAACCCUCAACAACAACAGCCAAAACAUCACCGAGACCAACAGCAAAAGCACAGGGACAGAGCCAGGUGUUCGGACCGUGGAGAUCACACGGGGUCCCACUGAUGCUUUGGGUGUGAGUAUAGCGGGUGGUAAGGGCAGUCCGCUGGGCGACAUCCCCAUUUUCAUCGCCAUGAUCCAGGCCAACGGCAUGGCUGCCAGGACACAUCGCCUCAAAGUAGGUGACAGGAUUGUGAGCAUCAACUCUCAGUCUCUGGAUGGCUUGACUCAUGGGGAUGUCGUAAAUAUGCUGAAGAAUGCGUAUGGCACCAUCGUCCUCCAGGUGGUUGCCGACACCAACAUCAGUGCCAUAGCCAGUCAGGUGGAGAGUCUGUCCAGUAGCUCCACCCCAAGCACCAAUCCAGAGGUCCGGCCGGUAGAACCAGAGACGCCCAAGCCAAAGACCAUCACUCUGGAGAAGGGCUCAGAGGGGCUGGGAUUCAGCAUCGUGGGCGGCUUUGGGAGUCCACAUGGAGAUCUUCCUAUCUACGUCAAAACCGUGUUCAGCAAGGGGGCAGCGGCGGUGGACGGGCGUCUGAAACGCGGUGACCAGCUGCUAUCGGUCAAUGGAGAGAGUCUGGAGGGUGUCACACACGAGCAGGCCGUGGCCAUACUGAAGAAGCAGCGGGGAAGCGUCACACUGUCCGUCCUCUCCUAACAAACACACUAAGGACUACAUCCACUGAAAAACACACACUUUGCAUCAGCUGCGGCCAUUAUUCGGCCACCUUAAUUCCUGAUAUGGAGACCGUUUGCACUCAAGUCGUUUAAACUCCGCCUUCUUACUGUUUGUGCACCUGGUAUCGAAAUCAAUCUGAUAAAUACUCAUAAAGGGAAAUUAUUGUAUCGCCUUUGUCUUAGUCACAGACAUGUAGCCUCUCCACUGGUGACGGUGAGCAGGUGAAUAAUGGGGCAAUAUUAGAGAAGGUUAUUUUGAUGAAAUGAGUGCUGGUAACUCAAGACCAGGAGGAAAAAUUAAAGUAGCGGAUGCACAACACACACUAACACACGCAAUUUGUUUGUAAUGAUCUUUUCAGUCCACAUACAAUAACUUAUAAUGUGGUUAUCUUGAUCUUUUAAUUUAAAACAAUAUGUACAUGACCUACUGACAAACCAACCCUAUUUACAAGAAAUCUGAUUAAUUGUAUGUAGUAGAUGAAUUCAUGGAUGAGCAUUAAUAAGGGAUGACAGAUGUGCCUUGGAAUGGGCAGAUCAGAUCGUAAUGAGAUGUUUUGUUUAGCUAGUAUUAGAUAUAAGGAUCAUUUCAAUCAGGUUCUUUACAUUGCAGGGUAGCUUUGUGAAUAUUUCAAGAAAUAGUUCAUCAAAAGAUGAAAAAAAACAUCCCUGAUGUUGCUCCAAACCGGUGUGUUACUCUUUCUUCUGUGGAGCUUAAAAUUAGAUAUUUUGCUAAAUGUUCACGCUGCUCUCUUCUAUACAAUCAAAGUGGAUGGGGACUGGAGUUUUUGUGAUUCAGAAAUGCCAACAAUAUCCAUAAAAUAUCACUAAAUUGUUCAUAUGACUCAUGCACUACAUUUUAUGAAGUUGUACAAUAGUUUGGCGUGACGGAAAGAAGUUGUUCAUAUGAAUUGUGUAUGAUAGUUUUGCAUGAGGAAUGAUUUUAAGUGUUUUGUCACUUAAAAUCUUCCCUGAAAUAAAACUUUCAGACAAUUUUUUUUAUACAAAGCUAUUAUUGUACAUCGUUUUCACUUUAAAAUCUUUCUCCGAAAUUAAAAUUUCAUACAAUUCUUUACACAGAGCUUUUAUUUUCCUUCAGGAGUCUUAAAAAGUUCCAGUCCCCAUUCACUUUCUUUGUAUGCAAAAGAGCAGCCUUGGCAUUCUGUUCUUAGCAAAAUAUCUCCUUUUAGGUUCCACAGAAGAAAGUAAGUCAUAUGGGUUUGGAAUGACAUAUAUGAUGACAAUUUUAAUUUUGGGGAGAACUAUUCCACUCUAUUAUGUUUCUAUGGUGUAUUGAGAAAUGCAUAACAUCACAGAAAUGCAUAACAUUUUUUUUUUUUUACAUUUUUGUAAUUCUAUUUGUAAUUAAUUUGCACACGUUUAUCAUUUCAUUGUAAAUAUGUAAUUUAUUUCCUUUUUUAGGGUGUUUUUGCAUUGCUUUUGUCUUUAUGGAAAUGUCUCGCACAUCCUAGUUUGACACUGUGUGUGUGUGUGUGUCUGUGUGUCACAAUAUGAGGAUAUCCUGUGUCAGUCUCUCUCCUAGAGGAAGUGUAGCAGGCUCUUCAGAGACUAUCAGGGCUCUCCAGGUUGUAGACAGCGUGUGGAAGCCUCGUCCAGACUGUCUCUUCCACUAGGAUUUCGUAAGCACAUUCUCAUAUGAUGCCUCUUGAGUUUUUGUGCCAUGUGGACAGUGCGUUCUGAACUGUCCAGCACUACGUCCCUUUAAAAAGAUUGCCUGUAUCUCCUAUGCCUGUCUUCCCCUU